AUGGCAAAGAUACGCGAGAAAUACUGGAUACCCCGCCUACGACGCCUAGUAAAGAAGCUAAGAGGUAGCUGCUACGGGUGCAAAAGAUUCCGAGCCAGAGCCUACCAAGCACCACCGCCAGGGAAUCUACCCCGAACCAGAACAGAAGGUUCAAGGCCUUUUCAAGUGAUAGGAGUUGACUUCGCAGGACCAAUACGCUACACGUCUAGAGCCAAAACCGAAAGCAAGGCCUAUUUGGUGUUGUAUGCUUGCAGCCUGACCAGAGCAGUUCACCUUGACCUGUCAAAAUCCCUGGAAACAUCAGAGUUCAUAGCGAGCCUCAAGCGGUUCAUAGCUCGAAGAGGGAGACCGGAAAUGAUCUAUUCCGACAAUGGAUCCACUUUCAAGGCCGCCGAGAAAUGGUUACUACAGGUGCAAAAAGAGGAAAGGUUCCAUGAGAUCCUAGCUGACCUGGCAAUUAAGUGGCGUUUCAACCUGAGUCGCGCCCCAUGGUGGGGAGGUCAAUUCGAACGCCUUAUUGGCCUAUUCAAAGGUGCCUUCUACAAAACCAUUGGCAAUGGGACUCUCCGCUGGCCUGAAUUGGAAGAAGUAGUACUUGACGUCGAAGUAGCGCUCAACAACCGCCCCUUGAGCUACCUCGAAGACGACAUCCAGCUUCCAGUGCUGACGCCCAACUCCAUGCUGAGCAUCAACCCGAAUUACCUCCCAGAACUACAAGCACACCAUGCACCAGAAGGCGAUCUGAGGAAAAGGGCUAAAUUUCUAUUGAAGUGCAAGGAUGUUAUGUGGAAAAGAUGGACAGCAGAAUACAUGAGAAGUCUACGAGAGAGCCACCGUAGAGCAGGAGGGAAGCAAAGGCCCCAUCCUAACAUCGGAGAUGUCGUCAUCAUUCGAGGUGACAGCAAAAACCGUAACCAAUCGAAACUGGCAAUUGUCAUCGACCUCAUUCGAGGAAAAGAUAGCAUUGUUAGAGCCGCUAAGUUGAAAGUAGGCAAAGACCACCUCGAGCGUGCAUCCCAACACCUUUACCCUUUGGAGUUAGCAUGUACCCAAUGGCCAUCGAGUUCAACGCUCAACCCAUCUGCCCCCGAGUUCCAGGCAAGGCCUCGAAGGGAUGCUGCUGCUGCCGCAGCAGUUCGCGUUCAACAGAUCGCCGAACAAUCAGAACACUGA